GUUGAAAAUCGUCGGACUUCAAUACUAAUAGGGUUGUAAACUUACCUACUUUUUCGAAAUUCCUUGCUGCAAGCAAUAUCGGUUAAGGGAAGUGGGCUGUGUCCUGCACUGCCCACCAUAUACCAAUAAAAAAUUUUUCAUCAACCGUCGGACAUCAAAAGUACACCUACACAUUCCUUUCGAAGCCUAAAUUUUGGAGAGAAGAAAAUGGAUUGGGCGCAUGACAAUAUUGGCAUAAGUGAAAAGGACAUGGAAAAGGUUUUCAAAUACCGGCCCAACAACAUGUGUACCGUGGUGAGAUUAGGGAAACCAGAUACAGGGGUUCAAGUAUAUCCAUUUGCAACAAAUCAACAGUUGGAGAAAUGGAUGGACACGGAAUUCCUCCCACCUAGCGAGAUGAGGCCAGGGCUUGUGCUUGUGCUUGCAAGUAGAAUCUGUAAAGAGAAAGAACCGGAUGCAUGCUACGGGAACGAUCGAAAGGGGAUUGAGAAGAACAUCUCGACGCCUAAUUCGCAGAUAACUCUGGAUUUUGCCAUCAAGAAUGGCUACAGUUCAAAUACUCAAAAGGAGUUUCUACCAAGCCAAGGUGGAAGUCGCAAAGCUAGCAUUCUGCCGUUCUCGCGCAAAACGUUCGAAUCGAUAUCGCAAAAACUCUGCAUACACGGUUCGAUAGCACGAGUUAUAAAUCGGUCCGAUGUACCUACUUUCACUCGAACGCAAUUAUAUAUGACACUGCCUAGUAAUGGGCUUAGUCUUGCAUACGUAUACAAUUGUCGGACGUCAAAUGCAUGGGAUCUGGAUCUCGCUCUGACUGUCACUCAUUUCCCGCGCUUCAAUUCGACAUACGCUGUUCUAUUUGGUAGUUCUAUUUCGACUGAAAAAGAAGUUAUCAGACGACUGAAGUACUCGGGCGUAGAAGCUAGCUACCCUAUGUUACUCCCUGGGAUAUUUGCUGAACUUGAAAGAGACCGGCACUUCAUGAUAUUUGAGAAGCACAUGAACAACAUCGAAGAGGAAAUAUCGGAACUCGAUUACCAACCAUCUGCGGAGCAGCAAAUAAAGGCCACUAACGACGAGAGCCGCAGAAAGACCAAGAAAUCACAGUGGCUCGACACACUGUAUUUGAAGAAUGGCCUAAUCUCGUGGAACGCGCAGUUAUCCAAAAUGGCUAGUCACACUGACGAGCUCAGAAAUAUUCUAAUUAAACCGAAUGAAGGUGAAGAUUGGAUCAAAGAAGACGUAGAAUGCGAACUGCAGAGGCGCAAUAUGAGGAGUAUAGGAGACAAAGUUAACGAUCGUCUGUUAAUUAUCAUAGAAGAAUACGAGGAGAAAAUUCGAGAGUGUACUAUGCGAAUCGAUGGGAUGAUGGUAGCUACACAAUGGUCCCAUGGGGAAACAAAUGUUGAAAUAGCCCUGGCAACAGGGCGGGAUUCGAGAUAUAUGCGAUCUAUCGCUGUAGUAACCAUGGUCUAUCUUCCAGGCACGUUUUGUAGUAGCAUAUUUUCUACGCAAUUAUUCAACUGGUUUCCUGGUAAGGGUGAUCUUGUCGUCUCACCUUAUCUAUGGAUUUAUGUCUUGGCCGCUGUGAUGGCGACCAUACUAACCCUUGGAGGAUGGUAUUGGGUAUCAUGCCGCAAGAAACGGCGGAAGAUCACUUCUGAGGAUGAUUUGAUGGCUGAUUAAAACCACUCUUGGGCUAGGAAAUGCUUUGAAGGCCUCUUUCAAUAUCACUAGUUCCCACAUGGCGCAGUGGUUAAAGCAUCUGGCCGCGCAUUAGCGUACGACUACGUGAAGCGAGUGGGUUCGAAUCCCGCUG